UUAAAUCUUGCGAAAGGCCCUCACAAUUGUUAAUGAGAUUAGCAGCUCAAAACAAUGUAUAUUUUACCAGUGUGUGCUAGAAAGGUCAAAUUUUGGGCCAUGGGAAGGUUGGAAAGCAGGUGGGGAAAAGCAUAACGACAGGAUUCAAGUAUGAAAAGCUGAGGUAGCUUAUGUCUGUAGGAGUUGCCCAUUUUUAAGAGAAGAAAAAGGAGAGGAGCAGAAUAGUGAAUUGAGGAUUGUGGAGGCUCCUGGAAUAUGGUGUCGUUUGCUCAAGUGAUAUGGCCUGCUCUUAUUCUCAGGAAAUGGCUUCUGCCUCACAAGCCAAAGCCAUUGCCAUCCCGAACAGAUGAGCAGCAUGAUAAUACUUGUGAUUGUUCCUCUAAUCUACAAGGAGGCUCAACGCUUAGGCGCGGCCAAUCGGAAACACUGCGGACAGAUUACACCCGGCCCCGUGAAUACAAAGUCUUUGUUGGAACGUGGAACGUAGGUGGGAUGAGCGCCCCGGACGAUUUAGAGCUGGAGGAAUGGCUAUGUAGAAACAAAUCCUGUGACAUAUACGUGAUAGGAUUCCAGGAAAGCGUUCCUUUGAAGGCCGGGAAAGUGUUGGGCUCAGAGGACAGCCGAGCAGCAGAUAAAUGGGACGCCUUGAUUGACAAAGCUCUGAACAGAGCACCAAAAGCACAUCUGAACAGAGCACCAAAAGCACCACCAUCUCAUUCGGGAAAAACCCAAUUUGAUUUCCAAUUCCAAGCAGACAAUUUGGGAUUAGUAGAUUUCGGGUGGAGCAGCUGCAAGGACGACACCGCUCAGCCAAAUGUGGGUCUCCUUCCCACAGAGAUAAACCUGGAAGGAAUGGCCGAUCCGGUUGAAAAGGGCAAGUGGGGCUCUGGUAGACAGCGUUAUGAACGAAUUGUAUGCAAACAAAUGGUGGGGCUCUACGUUACAAUCUGGGUCAGCUGCCCUCUGGUGCCAUUCGUUCGCGACAUUAGAGUCUCUUGCGUUGGUUGUGGUAUCAUGGGCUAUCUACGGAACAAGGGGUCAAUAUCAAUUAGCUUAAGACUUCACCAGAGCAACUUAUGUUUCGUGUGCGUACACUUGGCUUCGGGACACAAGGAAGGCGACGAGGCUCGCAGAAAUUCUGACGUUGCAGAAAUAUUGAAGAGGACUAUUUUCUCCCGCAGUUCCAGCAUUCUGUCUCCACGCACCAUUAUGGGACAUGAUGGAAUAAUAUGGUUUGGAGACUUGAAUUAUCGGAUUGCACUGUGUGAUGAAAAGGCAAGGCAUCUCAUUGAGAAAACAGAUUGGACAACACUUCAAUGGAGUGAUGAGCUGAAGACUGAGCAAAAGGCAGGACGAGUAUUUCAACAGUGGAAGGAGGGCACUAUAAAUUUCGCCCCAACUUACAAGUAUGCUCCCAAUUCUGAUCACUACAGUGGAACCCAGAUCAAGGCAGGUGGAAAGCGGCGUGUUCCAGCUUGGUGUGACCGGAUCCUUUGGUAUGGAAAUGGACUGGAGCAAAUAUCAUAUGAGCGAGCAGAGUACAAACUUUCAGAUCACAGACCUGUUUCUGCUAUAUUUACUUCAACAGUGGACGCUCUGUGCAAACGAAAAGUGGAAAAGAGUGUAAGCCUCUCCAUUAAACUCAUGGAGGCCCAAAACUUGCUUUCACCAGAUAUUGUGAAGCUUCCCACCCUGUUCAAACAGAGUUGUCAGGAUGACAUUGGUGCAGCUGUGAAAGCUGAGGUUAUGAAGGACCUCAUUCCAAUCUUCAAUGAAAUAGAGACUGAUUAAUUGCUCACCCACAAACACAUUGGGCAAGUGAGGUAAUCCUGUGGCCCGUGGCUGAUCCAGACAAACCCACGAAAAGAGGAGUUCGACGAAGAUAAGGUUGAUCUAUUUGUAGCGAUUGGAAUGGAAAAGGAACACAAAUAUCAUUGAAGGAAGAAAUAGCGUUAGUCGAAAUGGGAGAGAAAAAUUCAUUACAAAAUACAAGCACCAUUUUUGCUUGUAGAAUAUGAAAGGUGCACAAAACAAAAGAAAAGAAAAAAGUUGUUAUCACUCAAGUGAAUAUAACAAAGUUUUAUUGCUCUUUCUUAAUGCAAGUAAUAAUUUUGAA